AUGGCGAGUUCCAAUCGACGAGACUUCCCGAGAUCGAGGCCCUACAGCCAGGAACCGAGUGCCCGCACAAUCCCUUUGAAGAACAUAACGAUCCUACCAUGUCAACGAGGAGAUAAAAUCUUUAAAAUGUGGGAUGGAGUGAGAGAUGAAAUCGUAAAACGCAUCGAUCUGACGCACGUCUUCGCGGUAGGAUGUUACCGCAUGGAGACGGUCGAUAACCCACGGAGAGCUCCCCCGACCAUUAUCGUUUCUGGAAGACACACCAGACACCUAAACACAAGCAAAAGUACCACAGAUACAAUCAAUGCCAUUCUCAAAAGGCACGGGUUGUCAGAAGUCCGAGUCGAGUUUUUAGAAGGCCGAUACAGCAGAAACACAUCCGAUGAGGAGUCGGGAGAUGAACCUGAGUCAAAGCGGGAUGUCGAUGAAACCCGCCCAGGAAAGUUUUACCACGAUGUCGUUCGGCUUCGGUCAAUGCCAGGGCAAAACCUCGCUCUGAAGGAAAAUUCGAGCACUUAG